CAUUGUAAUAUUUUGAUGGAAUUGCGGUUGAUAAAUUUGUACAGUAAGUUUUAAACUGGUGAACAUGAGCGGAAUAGAAAUAAUUUUAGCUAAACAAGUUGAAAUGAUCCAUCGGAUUGAACAGUUCUUCGGAUUGCAUACGGCUAGAUCCGCUAUAUCCGUUGAAAUAAGUGUUUUACAAAAGCAAACUCGAAGUAGCACUGAGAGUAUUAACAGCGCCAAAAAUGCAUUAUGCCGAUUUCGAGAUGAGCAGUAUCCGAAAUACGUUGUUUUAAUACGAAAAAUGCAUCGAAAUAAUUUUCUUUUACUGGAUUUACUAAAGCAUCUGCAGAAAACGGAUAAAACAGACCAUCGAAAAGCUCUAGUAGAACAGAAAUUAAACACGGAUCAUGCUCACCCAAAUGUACAUACUGUUGAUAAAAUGUUUUUGGCUGAUUACCAAAAAUCUCCAUUUGUUACUAAAAUGAAGCCGCGGUGUCUUUCGUUUUUGGAUUUUAAUGACAGCAUUAGUCCAGAAGAGUUUGAACAAAUUCCAAAAUAUAUGCGAGGGCGAGAAAGUUUAGAUGAGCUCGUUGGAUUUUUACAGACAGUUGUAAUAUCUUCCUUUGAAGAGAAAUACUCUCUGUUAUACAAAAAUAAAAAAGCUGUUACGAAUCAGCAGGAUCUGGUGCUGUGGAAAGCUUACAAUCAACAACAAUCGAAUUUUCCAAAUAGUAAAUUUAUAACUCAAGGUGAUAUUGCACGAAAAAUGGGAAGGCUGAUUGAUAAAAAAGUCAAUGCAAAGCUAACGAUGCUUCGUCAUUUGCACAUUCUGCAGGAAACGCGCCAUGAAGGUACUGUCUACUAUUUUUGGAUUCGUGAAUAAACAUUAGCUACAGAAAAAGGGCCUAUUUUUCAUAUUUG